GAGCGGGAGGGGGCAGCGCCGGAGCGAUGCACGAGUCCCCGAUGUCGAGCAUGUACCACCACCACCAUAACCACCACCAUCACCACCACCAGCCGGCAGCCGCCUCCUUCUACCAGCACAACUCCUGGAUGUGGAAGGCCUACGACUCCACGGCCGCCUUCCAGAGCCCGUCGCCCUACGAUGGUGGCUUGGAAUGGGGUGAAGGUCGAGAAUGUGUCAACUGCGGGGCAAUUUCAACCCCUUUGUGGCGGAGAGAUGGCACCGGUCAUUAUUUGUGCAAUGCCUGCGGCCUUUAUCAUAAGAUGAAUGGCAUGAACAGGCCACUAGUGAAGCCAUCAAAAAGACUGACGGCAACGCGGAGGCUAGGGUUAUGUUGUACAAAUUGCGGGACUCGGAUGACUACUCUUUGGAGGCGGAACAAUGAAGGGGAGCCCGUCUGUAACGCCUGCGGUUUAUACUACAAGCUUCACGGAGUCAACAGGCCGUUGGCAAUGCGGAAGGACGGCAUUCAAACCAGAAAGCGGAAACCAAAAAAACAGUCUAAUUCGUCUUCGAAUAGCUCUGUAACUCGCGUUGCGGAGACAGACAUGAAGCAUCCAAUUUUAGCCAGUGACCACCGAGACCUAGGACAGCAUGCUCUCAGCAUGUCAGGCGUGGAGAGAUCCUACUUAUCUCUUCUGCCAACCAAUAGUUCGACGUCGAGUGCAACAAGUCAUAUCAAAUCCGAGCCCACCAGUAAUAAUAAUUACAGCGAUGCCCCUCUCGGCGCUUCUGAGCACCCUGCAUACUAUGCUAGUCCGUUGGGAAUGAGUCCUGCCAGUCACCACCAACUUCAAUUUGGGUUCUCUUCACCAGAACACUUCCACCAUCAAACCCACCAUCGACACCAUCCUCUCGCACACGUUCCGACAUCUAAGCUGAUGGCAUCCACGUGAAAAUUUCAUCAAAUCAAAGAUCUUGUGCUUUCAUUCCCCUGAAAAUGUAAACAAUCACGGAGAAAAAAAACACAGUCAUUCGACGGUUACCACGGUAAUAAUGUCACACGAAAUUCCACAGUAUAGUGGAACUGUGGAUUUUGGUAGUAUUAUUGAUAAGCACAGUAGCAUAACCAUGCUCAUAAUAGUAUGUCUGUGCCCACAAUGAUAUUACGGUGAACACGGCCAUGGAACCGUGCUCAUCGUUACAAGAAUCAAAAUCCACGGUUCUACAACUGUGGAAUCCCGUGUGACAUUACUACCGUUGUAAUGGUAAAAUAACGGUGUUUUUUUUUCUCGGUGAAGAGAACCGACAAUUUCAAGAAAAUUCAAAAAAUUUGAAACGCUUUUUUUUUGCUGAACGCGAUGAAAAUGUGGUACCUAAUACUUCUUUAGCUUUUUUCUUCUGACUUUGCACACAUUUUUUAUUGAUAUACACCCUCCGAUAUUUCGUAGCAAAAAAUAUCAGUUCAUUACAGUGAAGUGCGUAAAGAUUUAUCGACGCAAUUGAUAAAAUCGCAUGAGCUGACAAGAGUUGUCAGAUGUGUCUUACAUUUGAAACUAGAAACUUAUACUCAAUGAAAAACUGCAUUAUGAAUAAAGACGUGAUGACGUCUGCACCAAAUAAAACAUGAUUCACUCCGGAUCAUACGUUUUAGUUAAAGUCAGUGCAAGUGUCUACUGUUAUAUUGAAAUUUAAUAUGACGAAAACGGCAAAA